CGCGCCCCUAGCCCGGCUCGCCGAGUCCCUGCGGCUCGGGACAGCGCGGGCGGACUGAGCGGUCGCCGCUGGAGCCAGCAGUGAGGGCGCCGUGCCGGGGGGGCCGGGAACGGGCCAGCGGGAGGCGGAGGCUGCGGGCUGCUCUGCGAUCCGGCAGUCCUGGGACUCGGACUCCUGGAGGUCCCCGUCCCCGCGCAGCCACAUGGCUCGGCUCCGCGCUCUGCUCCACUGCCUGCUGCCCUGGUACUGCGCGCUCUGCGCCGCCGCCGGCAGUCAGACCCCAGACCUGCGCCUCUCUGGGAAACUUCACGACUAUGUUGUGACGGUGCCCUGCAGCACGGAUUUCCAGGGACGCUUCUUGUCCCAUGUGGUGUCUGCCCCCGCAGCUGCCUCAUCACGGAGCCACCUCCGCGUGGCUCGCAGCCCCCUGGGCCUGGAAAGAGAGCCCCCGAGGUCUGCUGGUCCGAGGCGCCAUUUUCUCUACUUUAAUGUGACUGUCUUUGGGAAGCUGUUUCACUUGAGGCUGCAGCCGAACCGGAGGUUGGUGGCCCCGGGAGCCCCGGUGGAAUGGCAGGAGGACUUCCAGGAACUCUUCCGACACCCCUUGCAGCAGGAGUGUGUGUACACUGGAGGUGUCACUGGCAUGCCCGGGGCAGCUGUGGCCAUCAGCAACUGCGAUGGAUUGGCCGGCCUCAUCCGCACGGACGACUCAGACUACUUCAUCGAGCCCCUGGAGCGAGGGCAGCAGGAGAAGGAGGCUGGCGGGAGGACCCAUGUGGUGUACCGCCGGGAAGCCGUCCAGAGGGAGUGGACAGAGCCGCAUGGGGACCUUCACAAUGAAGCCUUCGGCCUCGGCGACCUUCCCAACGUGCUGGAUCUGGUGGGGGACCGGCUGGGUGACGCAGAGCGGAAGCGGCGACAUGCCAAGCCCGGCAGCUACAGCAUCGAGGUGCUGUUGGCAGUGGAUGACUCGGUGGUUCGCUUCCACGGCAGGGAGCACACGCAGAACUACGUGCUCACGCUCAUGAACAUCGUGGAUGAGAUUUACCAUGACGAGUCGCUGGGGGCCCACGUGAACAUCGCCCUUGUCCGCCUGAUCAUGGUGGGCUACCGACAGUCCCUGAGCCUGAUCGAGCGAGGGAACCCAGCACGAAGCCUGGAGCAGGUGUGUCGCUGGGCACACUCCCAGCAGCGCCAGGACCCUAGCCACACCGAACACCACGACCACGUCAUCUUCCUCACGCGCCAGAACUUCGGCCCCUCGGGGUAUGCACCUGUUACUGGGAUGUGCCACCCGCUAAGAAGCUGUGCCCUCAACCACGAGGACGGCUUCUCCUCAGCUUUUGUCGUGGCUCAUGAGACAGGCCAUGUACUUGGCAUGGAGCAUGACGGCCAGGGCAAUGGCUGCGAUGAUGAGACCAGUUUGGGCAGCGUCAUGGCGCCCCUGGUCCAGGCCGCCUUCCACAGGUUCCACUGGUCUCGCUGCAGCAAGCUGGAGCUCAGCCGCUACCUCCCAUCCUACGAUUGCCUCCUUGAUGACCCCUUUGAGCGCACCUGGCCCCAGCCUCCGGAACUGCCCGGGAUAGACUACUCCAUGGAUGAGCAAUGCCGGUUCGACUUUGGCACUGGGUACCACACCUGCUUAGCUUUCAGGACCUUUGAGCCCUGCAAGCAGCUGUGGUGCAGCCACCCAGACAACCCCUACUUCUGCAAGACCAAGAAGGGGCCGCCGCUGGAUGGGACAGAGUGUGCACCAGGCAAGUGGUGCUUCAAAGGCCACUGUAUCUGGAAGUCACCAGAGCAGACUUAUGGUCAGGAUGGAGGCUGGAGCUCCUGGACCAACUUCGGCUCAUGUUCCCGGUCGUGCGGAGGUGGGGUGCGAUCCCGAAGCCGGAGCUGCGACAACCCUCCUCCAGCCUAUGGAGGCCGCCCGUGCUCAGGGUCCAUGUUUGAGUACCAGAUCUGCAACAGUGAGGACUGUCCUGGGCCUUACGAGGACUUCCGGGCCCAGCAGUGUGCCAAGCGGAACUCCUACUAUACCCACCAGGAUGCCAAGCACAGCUGGCUGCCCUAUGAGCCCGAAAGUGAUGCCCAGAAGUGCGAGCUCAUCUGCCAGUCUGCCGACACUGGAGAUGUGGUGUUUAUGAACCAAGUGGUCCACGAUGGGACACGUUGCAGCUAUCGGGACCCUUACAGCGUCUGUGCCCGUGGCGAGUGUGUGCCCUUUGGUUGCGACAAGGAGGUGGGAUCCAUGAAGACGGAUGACAAGUGCGGUGUCUGUGGUGGGGACAACUCUCACUGCAGGACUGUGAAGGGGACUCUGGGAAAAGGCUCCAAGCAGGCAGCGGCUCUCAAACAGGUGCAGAUCCCGGCGGGUGCCAGGCACAUUCAGAUUGAGUUGCUGGAGAAGGCUCCCCACCGAAUCGCGGUGAAGAACCAGGUGACUGGAAGCUUCAUCCUCAACCCCAAGGGCAAGGAGGCCUCUAGCAGGACCUUCACUGCGCUGGGCCUGGAGUGGGAGCACGAAGCAGAGGACACCAAGGACAGCCUCAGGACCAACGGACCCCUGCCUGAAGCCAUCGCCGUCCUGGUUCUCCCCCCGGCUGAGGGUAAACCCCGAGGUAGCCUGGCCUACAAGUAUGUCAUCCACGAGGACCUUCUGCCCCUCAUCGGGAGUAAUAAUGUGCUCCUGGAAGAGACGGACACCUACGAAUGGGCUCUCAAGAGCUGGUCUCCCUGCAGCAAAGCCUGUGGAGGAGGAAUCCAGUUCACUAAAUACGGCUGCCGGCGCCGCAGGGACCACCACAUGGUGCACCGGCACCUGUGUGACCAUAAAAAGAGGCCCAAGCCUAUCCGACGGCGUUGCAACCAGCACCCGUGUCCCCAGCCCACGUGGGUGACAGAAGAGUGGGGUGCCUGUAGCCGGACCUGCGGGAAGCUGGGGCUGCAGACCCGGGGAGUGCAGUGCCUGCUGCCUCUCUCCAACGGCACCCACAAAGCCGUGCCAGCCAAGGCUUGCCUAGGUAACCGGCCAGAGGCCAAGAGGCCAUGCCUCCGUGUGCCCUGCCCAGCCCAGUGGCGGACAGGAGCCUGGUCCCAGUGCUCUGCCACCUGCGGAGAAGGCAUCCAGCAACGGCAGGUGGUGUGCAGGAACAGCUCCAGUGCCUUUGGGCCUUGCGAGGGGGUCAAGCCGGACACUGUGCAGGUCUGCAUCCUGCCUGCCUGUGGAGGAGAGCUCCAGAACUCGACAGUGAAGGCAGAGAUCCAGGACCUUGUGACCAAAGCGGGACACUGGGAACCCCAAUCCAGGCCCCUGACUCCAGAGGACAGGAUCUCCACAAGUACAGUGGAGCCCUGUGUGGGAGACAGAUCCAUCUUCUGCCGGAUGGAAGUGUUGGACCGUUACUGCACCAUCCCUGGCUACCACCGGCUGUGCUGUGAGUCUUGCAUAAAGAAGGCCUCAGGCCCCAAUGCCAGCCUGGCCUCACCCACCUUCUCCACUCCUGGGAGUCUCUUACCAGCACCCAAGGCCACCCAGGAGAUUGUGGAAUCUACAAGGGGGGCAACCAGCCUGGAAGAUCAUCGGCAAAGCCAGCCCACGCAGCUACCAGACGUGGUGGACAGGAUCUCCUCAGUGACCCAGCAUCCGGACACCCCCCAGAUGCUAAGCCCUGAAGCGUUUGAGGGCAACUCUCCCGCUACCCCACGGAGCCCACCUCGGGACCGGACCCGAACAGCUAUGCCAACCUUUGAGGGUCAAGGACAGUCCAGGGAGGAACCAGGGCAUGGAGGCACCAGCCUUCCCGCCACCUCCCCAGUGACAUGAGCCCAUCCCUCCGGUCUUGUUGCACUCUGCCUGUGGUCCCAGUGAUCCUGGCUCAGAGGACUCAAGCACAGGGGACAGGGGGGUAGCACAGAUUCCCUUUUAAAUUAUUUGCCCUCUUGUUCUGUUUGGGGCUGUGACACUCUUUACUCCCAUGACAGGGUUGGGGGAGGAAAGGGAGAUCAGGGACUGCCCUAACCAGAAAUACCUCAGCCAGCAGAGCCCGGGCUUCACUUCCCAGAGUUUUCUAUAUGAUUUGUUCCUCUAGUCUCAGUAAUGCCCCUUCCCAUAGCCACUGGGCCAUAUAGGGCUGACGCCCAUGCAGGAAGGAGCCUGUCAGCGAUUCUUGCUUGUCCAUGACUUCUGAUUACCAGGGAGGUCUGUCCAGCCACACACAUACACACACACACACACACACACACACACACACACACACACAAAGCAGGACCCAGGAGGUAGGGCUGCACACAAGACAUUCUUGGGAAGGGUCUGGGAUGGAUGUAGAGGUGAGGCUUCACGGCUGCAGGGUAGGGCAAGGGAGAGUUCUUCUCAGGCCUGGCUCUUGUCAGCUGAGGGCUGCUAAUCCGGGGCAGAGAUCAGUUCACCUUUGCCGGCCAUAGGGUCACUUUGGUGGCCCACUCUAUCCCUGUAGAUGUCACUGCUGGUGACUCUAGGUAACAGACUGACCUCCUAAUGUCACACCCAAGCCACCAGAGGAGGAGGCCUGGAUACACAGCUUCAACAUCCAGGAGUUACCAAGCUGGGGCUUGGUCCCUGGUUGGACCGGAAUCGGUGACUUCAGUCAUCACGGGGGCUUGCAGGAGGCCCAGCCUGAAAGGUGGCCACCGGAGAGA